GUAUUUGGUUAAUUCGCUCGGUUGACGGUUGAUGUUCAAACUUCAAACUUCAAUAGUUCUAUGUUGUGUUCAGUGCAAAUCUCUUUUCUAUGGUUCAGUGCUGACUGCUGAGCAGGCGAGCAUUGAUGACUGAUGAGAAUUUCUAUUGAAAUCGAAGGUAUUUCCGGCAUUUCCCGAAGAAUUGUACGUUGUUUUGAGAACUAUGAAUUCAUUCAGAGGUGAUAUACUGAAUGUAUCGUCUGAUUGUCUUAUUGACUGGAAAACUCCAGAGGUCAAUAAGACUAAAAAUAUGGAUGAAAAUCAUUUUACUAACAACCCGUUUGAUGUAAUUGAAUUGGAAGCUGCUUCUAUGGAUCCUUUUGAUUUAGCUCCUUAUAAUAUAUCGUCAAGGAUAGAACCACCAUGUGGUAUAAUAUUAAGUCCAUUAUGGGAACCACAAGAUAGACAAAUACAAAAAAGUGUUUCCUUAACUGGUAUUGAUGAUAUUGUUCAUUCUCCCAAUGAGCAAAUUACACCAAAUGAUAGAUCUCAAACAGAAAAAGAAAGUUUUACAAUCGAUAUUAAACAAGACUGCGUACAGGAUUUAAAACCAGGCUUGUCAUCAAGUUGCAGCGAUUUAAACAAAAGUGAUAUAUAUUUACCAUGCAAUGAAGAAGAAAUUAAACAGCUUAAAGAACAAACACGCCAACGAAUUGAAAUGCUAAUUGAAGCUAGUAAAAAACAAUGUAGAGAAAAACAUAGGCAAAAUUCUUUUUAUAAACAUAACGAAGAGACGAGCUUAAAUAAAACGGAUUGUAUGUUGAAUAAAGCAUUCUAUAGUAAUUCUAUUAGCUGUAUUUCCAGAAGUACUAAUAAAAUUAAUGAAAUGAUUGAUAUCAAUGACAAUAAUACAUCUAGUUUGUUUUUAAGUGCUCAAGAAUAUAAUUCAUUUGAUUUAAAUGCUCUUAAGCCUGAAUGGGUAACUGAUAAUUUCAGUGAUGCUGAUGGAUCUCAUGGAUCAUUUGAAAUUUCGAAAAUUGAUAACAAUAAAAAAGAACUCAAGAAUGUUGAUGCAAUUGAUAUCAAACUGAAAGCCCUAAGUCGUAUAGGAAUUGCCAACAAUAAAAUAAUAAAUAGUCAAACAGUUGUGAAGUCUAAAACAAAACCACUAAACACUAAAGGUCCUUUUGUUGCUCAUAUUCCUGUCAAAGAUAUGGUUCAAGGAAACUAUAGUGAAGAUUCUAUGGAAGAAAAGAAAACAAGUCCAGAAAUUCAAAUAAAACCCAUUGCUGCUUCAACGCCCACGUUGUCUGGUAUGGGAUCGAAAACUCCAUUAAACAAUACAUUUGCUAAGUCUCAGAGUUUACGUAAAUCAUUACCAAGUCCUCGCACACCAUUACUCAUAAAAGAAAAAAAUAUUAAAAAUACUUCACUGAUAAAGCCAAGGAAGAUGAGUACGCCCAAUAGUUCAUCAAUAAAAAAUUGUACCAAUUCAACAGUUGUUUUAAAUAAAGAUAUAAAAGACAAAAAUGCAGAAGUCAACAAAACUAAAACAACUACUAAAACUAAGGCAUUGCCAGGGUACAAACGAUUUGUUUAUAAAGGGAAAGAAAAUGUGAAGCCUUAAUUAUAAAAACUUUGAUACAUUAUUUUAAUUCUAUACUUUUUUAUUCAGUGACUUGCUUUGUCAUUAUAAUUAUAAUUUUUUUUUAUCUGUUUUUAUAAACUUAUUUGCUGAAUUUAAAGCAAUUUAUUUAAUCAAAAUAUUUGAGCAAGUCUGAUUUAUUAUAAACAUGUGAUAAUAUAUUAUAUAACCUUUUUUUACUUAAAU